AUGACGAGCAGCGCCAGCUACAGCUUCAGCGCUCCAAACUUCAUAUCACACUUACAUGCUAUUCUCGGUUCCCUUACCUUCGUCGUUCUCUUCGUAUUUUGCUUCUUCGGGGCAUUCAUGCUCAUCAAAGCGGUGGUCCACGUCCUUGUCAAAGCCAUCAGCCGCAUCCGCAAGCACCCGAAAGCUUCCAAGGCUGGUCCACCGCCAGCAAAUGGAACACCAGCACCACGACCAAAAGGUUUCCCAGAAUGCUCCGAACCGUACAUUUAUGCUGACUAUGAACAAGUCAUACAUUCCCUGAUCGCCUUCGGAGACUCAACGGUAUCCAAAUCAGCAUCUUGGGCAGUGCGCGACGUGCUAGAUGUAUUCGAGGACGAUCCAGCAUUCUUCGCCCUUCGCUUGGAAGCUGCUAUUGAAGCCUAUUUUGCCGGAAAAGCAGGCGCGCACGGCAAGCAUAGGUUCGCGGGAAUCGUCCUUGUUGAGGAUAGUGAAUACACAUCGGCUGGGGCCGAUCUCUCUGCUGGAGAUGAGGUGAGGAGCGAGGAUCAGGUUGCGGGCGGUUCUACGGACGCAGAUAUCUCGGCUGCAUGUGAUGGACGACGCGAUGCGCACUGGAAAUCGGGGAUCGCCAUCUUCUUCGCGCUCUUCGGGCAUGUCUUGGGGCACUCAGCCAGAUGA